AUGGACGGCAAUGUCCCCGAACAGCGUCAGCGCACUGUGGGAGGGCCGUCCCUGGAUCAGCCGCCCACAGAUCCUAUCGCUGAUCCCGCGCAAGCUCGCGCCACAUCCCCUCAGAGCUUCACUCCGCGCUCACUUCUCGUCGGUCUUAUUAUUGGUGCUCUCAUCACAUUCUCGAAUACCUAUUUCGGCUUGCAGACAGGAUGGAUCAGCACAAUGGCAAUGCCCUCGGCCUUGAUUGGCUUUUCGGUCUUCAAGGUUCUAUCCAAGCACCUGUCUUUCCCCUUCACACCGGUUGAGAAUGUCUUGAUACAAACGGUUGCCGGUGCAGUGGGAACUAUGCCCCUUGGAUGCGGAUUUGUUGGCGUCAUCCCUGCCCUGGAGUUUCUGUUGAAGCCUGGCGAAGAUGGACCCGAAGGCGAUGGCGGAGAAGGCGAAGGAGGUCCUUUGAAACUCGGUUUCUGGAAGUUGGUUAUCUGGAGUCUGGGAGUCUGUCUCUUCGGGGUGGUGUUUGCGGUCCCACUACGAAAAGCUGUCAUCGUCCGAGAGAAGCUGCGAUUUCCGAGUGGUACUGCCUCGGCGUUGAUGCUCAAGGUCUUGCAUAGUUCUGGUAGCGAGGAAAAGGUUAUAGCACCAGAAAGUUCCCGUGCGGGUAUUUUGAACACGGAGGCCGAAACAGCUGGUCCAUCGCAAGAAGACACAGGCCUCUUGAAGGAUGGCGAUGCUGAAGACCAAGCUUCCAAGGAGCAAAAUUGGCGCUCGAAGAUGCGCAUCUUACUUGGAUCGUUUACAGUAUCGGGUACUCUUUUCUCCUACUUCGUCCCUCUAGUCCGUGCCAUCCCUCUGUUUGGUGUGGGCAUGGCGGAUAACUGGCUGUGGACCCUCAACCCGUCGCCAGCAUAUAUCGGCCAGGGCAUCAUUAUGGGUCCAUCAACGUGCAUGCACAUGCUUUUCGGGGCAGCCUUGGGGUGGGGCGUUCUAUCACCGUUGGCUAAGAGCCGCGGCUGGGCUCCCGGCCCGGUUAAUAACUGGGAAGAUGGCAGCAAAGCAUGGAUUGUCUGGAUAUCGCUAGCCAUUAUGCUUGCUGAUUCACUUGUUAGUCUUGGGUGGCUGGUGCUCAGGCCCAUCCUGAAGUACUCUCCAAGAUGGAUAGUCUAUUUCCGAUCCACUCGCGCUGGUCAGUGGAUUGCACUCCGACUACAUUCUUCUCAGCACUCAUAUAUCAACUACUCCGCCUUGGAGUCAGAGUCUCAUCUUUUGGCUCAUGAAGAUGCCGCCCAACAUACACUAUUAACUGCAAACGAAGAGGAUAAGGAUGAUGCACCGCCAUCUGAACUCAUCUCAACUCGAACAGUAGUGAUUCUCCUUCCUUUGACUCUCCUCCUGAAUGUCGCAUGCAUGCACUUUGUCUUUGGUGACAUCAUUUCCCCUUUUCUGUCGACAUUGGCAACUCUGCUGGCAGUACUACUGUCUAUUAUGGGUGUCCGGGCUCUCGGCGAGACCGACCUCAACCCAGUUUCGGGUAUCAGCAAGCUGACACAACUUCUCUUUUCACUCGCCACGCCAGCAUCCCAUUUCUCCAGACGCACCGCAUUAGUGACGAACCUGCUUGCGGGUGCAGUCUCCGAGUCAGGAGCUCUGCAAGCCGGUGAUAUGAUGCAAGAUUUAAAGACCGGUCAUCUACUCGGCGCAAGCCCGAAAGCCCAGUUCUAUGGCCAGAUAAUUGGCAGUCUUGUGGGUGCAGUUCUAUCAACUGCCGUAUACAAAUUAUACGUGAACGUAUAUGAGAUCCCGGGCGAAAUGUUCCAGACACCUACCGCCUAUGUCUGGAUUUUCACUGCUCGCCUUGUGACCGGUCAAGGGCUGCCCAAAAUGGCUGGACAAGUCUCUGUCAUUGCUGGUAUCGUGUGGGCAUUCCUUACCGCCUUGAGGAUCGUAGCUGCGUCCCCUGCCUUUGCACGCAACGGGAAACCCCCUCCUUGGAGAUCUUGGAUCCCCGGCGGUAUCGCUGUUGCCGUUGGUAUCUUUAACGAGCCUUCCUUUACCCUGGCGAGAGCCAUCGGUGGUAUCAUUGCAUGGUGGUGGUCGCGGAGGCACUCUGAAUCGCUCAACCAACAAGUGGACAGCGGAAACGCCACUACUAUGGGAUCGUCUCUGGAGACUGAAUUACAGGAUGCGCAGCGAUCAUCAAUAUCAGCCGAACAGGCAUCUGAAAAAGCAGAUGCCGCCUCCUCGACUGUCGUCGUUCUUGCCUCCGGCCUCAUUUUGGGUGAAGGUAUCAUGAGCAUUGUGAAUCUUCUUCUUGCAAGUGGGCGCGUUCCACAUCUCUGA